UCUGUGUAUGUAUCUUGUCUUUUGCUUUAAUCAAUGUUCACUAUUUCACUAUUUUUUCCUGCGGUAUUUAACUCUGUUUACUUACGUUUUUGUGAAAUUAUUCAAUAAAAAAAUAUUUUUAUCAGCCAUCAUGGCAGUGAUCUAUAAUUUUAGUCGUGAUUAAAACUGGGCUAAUUUUCAAAAUGGGUUUAGAUUUUGAUGUUUUGGAGUUUUGCAAGAAACUUCGCCAAAAUCGACCACCACCGUACAAGUGUCCAUUGGAGAAGUGUGAUAAAGUGUACAAGAGUUUGUGUGGGCUUCAGUAUCAUUUGGUGAAUUAUGAUCAUGAUAAUCCUACGCCGGCCACGCCUGCUGUUGUCAGUAACCGAAAAAAGGGCGGGAGGACUAGAGCGCCGGUGUCUACCGGUGACAUAGCUCUGCAGAGCCCUCCUAAAGAGGCAUUAACUUUUGCGGAAGCACAAAAAGUGGUACAAUUUGAAAUCGAUGGCAAGAUCAGCAGAAUACCUAUUGACCAACCUUUACCGAUUAUGUCACUUGAAGAAUGGGAGAAGAAGAAUGCUGAAUUGGAAAAACCGAUUCCAUAUGUAGAACCACCAGCAGAGCCUCAUGUAAAGUUACCUGAAGCCAGUUUUAAGCUGAUACCAGACUACAAUGAGCGGGUAUGUGAUGCUCCACCCCGACCCAAUGCCUACAUCCGCUUCAUUGAAAAGUCGGCUGAAGAACUGGAUGGUGAGGUGGAAUAUGAUGUGGAUGAAGAAGAUACAGCAUGGUUGGCAAUUAUCAAUAAGGCUCGAGUCAAGCAGGCCUUUCCUCCUGUUUCUGUUGAUACAUUGGAGCUCCUUAUGGAUCGAUUGGAGAAGGAAUCAUAUUUUCAAGCAUCACAAAGUGGUCAACAAACAGCUGCCACUGUGGAUGAAGAUGCUGUAUGCUGUAUCUGCAUGGAUGGAGAGUGUCAGAACACUAAUGUUAUAUUGUUUUGUGACAUGUGCAAUCUUGCUGUACAUCAAGAUUGUUAUGGGGUGCCAUACAUCCCCGAGGGCCAGUGGCUAUGCCGCAGAUGUCUACAAUCACCUUCACGGCCUGUCAACUGUGUACUUUGUCCCAACACAGGAGGAGCAUUCAAACAAACAGAUCAAGCGACAUGGGCUCAUGUAGUGUGCGCGCUAUGGAUUCCAGAAGUACGUUUCGCUAACACCGUGUUUUUGGAACCAAUAGACUCGAUAGAGAUGAUACCACCAGCGAGAUGGAAGCUCCAGUGCAUGGUUUGUAAGCAGCGCGGCGCUGGCGCAUGCAUACAGUGCCACAAGAGCAACUGCUACUCGGCUUUCCAUGUAACGUGUGCACAACAGGCUGGACUUUAUAUGAAGAUGGAAGCGGCCGGUGCUGGUAGAGACCCAAGUCAGCCGGUGCAGGUUGCAAAGAUGGCGUACUGCGAUGCUCACACGCCAGCCCAUGUUCUACAAGAAAGAAGAGCUCAGGAGUCGGAGGGGGAUACAAAAUCACCAAACCUACAAGCGAUACGGCAAAAGGGAAGAGAAAAGAUUAUACAGGCGCGGCGCGUGCUGGCGCGGGCGCGGGCGUGGGCGCCGGCGGUGGCGGUGCCGCGGCUGGCCGCCGAGCGCGCCGCCGAGGUGGCCGCGCGCGCGCCCGGCCCGCCCGCCGCGCGCGCGGCGCUGCUGGCGCGGCUGCUGCCCUACUGGACGCUCAAGAGGCACGCGCGCAACGGCGUGCCGCUGCUGCGGCGCCUGCAGAGCCUCACCACCAACCACGGUAGUAGAGGUAUACAAGAUGGUACAGUGAAUGUACGAGAACUAUGCAAUCAGCUAAAAUAUUGGCAGAGAAUUCGUCAGGACUUAGAAAGAGCUAGACUGCUGUGCGAGCUGGUGCGCAAGCGCGAGCGUUUGAAGGCGGAGUACACGCGCGUGUGGGAGCGCUGCGUGCUGCAGCGGCUGCGGCCGGCGCGCGCCGCGCUGCGCCAGCUGCUGCGGCUGCUGCGCCAGCGCGACGCCAGCGACAUCUUCACGGAGCCGGUCGACCUGCACGAGGUACCAGACUAUAGCACGAUAGUAAAACAUCCCAUGGACUUAAGUACGAUGAGUAAAAAGUUAGAACGAGGCGAAUACAAGACUAUCGACGACGUAGAGGCUGAUUUUCGCCUGAUGAUCGACAACUGUCUCACAUAUAAUAAUAAGGACACCGUGUUUUAUAAGGCGGGUGUAAAAAUGCGAGAGCAGUGUUUGCCUAUAUUCCGACAAGCACGCCGCGACGUUCGUGAUGCGGGCAUGGCCGAGCUGGCGGGGAAUGGUGACACGGAAUGUAGUCCAGACCGUAGUCUGGUACGCCGCAGCCCCACCCGUAGCCGUAGUCCCAGCCACAGUCCAAGCUGGAACCGUAGCCGCAGCAUAAAACGGAGCGUCAGUCGAAAACGCAGCGUCAGCAUCAAACGUGGCCGCAGCCGUAAACGUAGCGUCAGCAUUAAACGUAGCGACAGCCUUAAACGAAGCGUCAGUCGUAAACGAAGCGUCAGCCCUAAACAGAGAGUCAGCCCCAAACAAAGCGUCAGUCGCAAACGCAACCUCAUACCCAAACGCAGCAUCACCCCGAAACACAGCGCCAGCCCUAAACACAGCGCUAGCCCCAAACGCAGCGUCAGCCCCAAACGCAGCGUCAGUCGCAAACGAAGUGUCAGCCGCAAACGCAGCCACAGCCGCAGCCGCGGGCGUUCUAGACGCGCCGCGAGCCGCGUCAGUCGUGUCAGCAGACGCACUACCAGCGACAGCGACGGCACCGCCGAUACUCGCGGAUCGCCGGCACGUAGCGAUCGCAGGCAGUCCAGCGCGGGCAGCCCUUCAGACGCAGAUAAUGAUACGCGCGACAAUUCACCGGCGGCGAAGACGAAGAGCAAGGUGGAUAUGAAGAAUAAAAUGAACAGCAACUGGUGGCACGGCGGCGGGCGUGGUCGACGCGGGCGCGGCCGCGGGCGCGGGCGGCGCGGCCGGGGCGCGGGACGCGGGGGGGGCGCGGCGCCGCACCAGCACCCGCAGCACGAAAGCGGGACAUCUGACUCGGAAACAGCCGCCGCGGAGCCCGUAGUGAACAAAGUAGAGAUUAAAAGGAAGAGUAUAGAGCGAACGCAGAGAUUAGCCACGCCCGAACGUUCUCCAGCCAAGAUUACAGAUACUGCUACUGGUUCAGGGCUAGGCCUCAUGGGUGGACUAAGGAAGCCAACGCUGUUGCUGACUCCUGCUACGAUUACAACCCCACCGAAAAGUUUCGGUUCUGAUGCAUCUUUGCCGACGCUAUCUGCAAGUUUGACUCGCCCCGCACUAGAAACGUCUCCGAAGAAAAAAGGGCGAGGACGACCCCGGAAACACAAGGAGAAGUCCGCCACAUCACCGGAACUGUUUAGGGGGGCGGGCGGUAGCGGCGGCGCGGGUGCUCCAGUGGCGGCGUCGUUCCUGCAGUACCGCGGGCCGCCCGGCGAAGUCGGCUCCGACAGCGACCUCGCCCUCUCCAGAUCGUCGUCGUGUAGUUCGACGUGGUCGCAGUCGUGUUCGUCGUGUACGCACUACGACGACAACAAAAAUAUUUGGUUUUUAAUAACUUAAAUAGGUUCGUACCAUCUCUGUUCACCCAGCACCACCGACGGGUCAAGUUACAACGAGACAUUAGACUCGAACGUGGAGGGUAGUGGUCCAGAGCGACGUCGGCGGUCGCGUCGUGGAGCUAACUCAGACCAUUCCGACACCGAGCCCACCACGCCCGUCAAGGGUCGAGGCACUAGAUCUUCCACUUCCAAAACGCCAGUAAAGAGCUCUCAGCCUGAUGUGCAGCUAGAACCGUUGCAGCUGGUGUGGGCGAAAUGCAGAGGCUAUCCAUGGUAUCCAGCGCUCAUAAUAGACCCGAAGAUUCCAAGAGGAUUCAUCUACAAUGGCGUACCAUUACCCGUGCCACCGCAAGAUGUGCUUAAUCUAAAGAAGAACCACGCUCACGAGCCAGUGCUAUACUUAGUUUUAUUUUUCGAUGUAAAACGAACUUGGCAAUGGCUUCCACCUAUUAAAUUGGAACCGUUGGGCAUCGAUAAAAGCGUGGAUCAGGCGAAAUUGGUGGAAUCUCGCAAACCUACUGAUAGGAAGGCUGUGAAGAAGGCGUACGGCGAUGCCAUGCAGUUCAGAAAACAAGUGGACGGAGACGAUAAAUGACAAAGGUUUAGAUAUAGAUCUCGGCGGCCGGCCAGAAAUAGAACUUUCACGUUUGGCAGCUUCUCACUGAUGCACAUAAGGACACCGGAUGGUACAACUGAUUCCAGUGAUUAAAUAUAUAAGUCAGUCUUAAGAUAAAUCUGAUUAUAUCAAAAUUAGAAUAUACAAUCAUUGGAGAACACUUCCAGAUAGGCUGCUGAUAUACAGCCAUUCAGUUGUAAGGUUACUUGAAAGUGAUUAACACAUUUGGUUGCUACGCCCCUCCCUCUUUGGUAUUCAUCGUAACGUCAACCUUGUUAGACAAUUUGGUCCUAUAAUUAUUGCUAGGUUUGGUUGUUGUAAAGAAAUGUUUAGGGAAGAUCAAGAAUGGAAUAGGAUAAAAGAUAUCGGGUAUUACCUUAUUGUCUAAGUGAAUAGGUUGUAAAUAAUUUUAGAGAUAUUCUCGCAUAGAAUUCUCUUCUAAAUCUGAAUUAGCGCAUUUGUAUUUAGACGCCAUCGACUUGUAUGUUAGCUAUAUGUGUUUAUUUUUGAACUGAUAUGUAUUAAUAUUGGAUUGGCAAAAAGGAUAUUUAUUCAUAAUGUAUAUAUA